AGAAACAGAAGGAGAAAAAAGAAAUAGCAAAUACCAUCAAAACAUUUGCUUCGCAUUCGAUAACAGUCCAUUGCUACAUUGGAGUCUCUGCUCAGCUGUGGCGAAAAACUGUCUCAUUAAAUGAUAGGUCAUUAUGGCACAUAUCGCCAAGAAAGUAAAAAAACUUGCGACAGUACAAUUGUACAACCUGAAAGUACUCCUAAAUGGUCGUGGUCUGUCGAAUUUCAAGAAACACUACAAGCUUAAAGGAGAACUUGGUCGUGGUGGUUUUGGGGUAGUCUAUCGUGGAACCCGGAUUUGUGAUGAACUUCCGGUUGCUAUCAAAUUCAUUGAUCGUGAUCAAGUUCAUAAUUGGGGAAGGUUAGAAGAUGAGCGAUUACCGAUGGAAAUUUGCAUGUUAGCACGGUGUAUUAAUGUCCCGGGAGUGAUAAAACUACUGGAUUGGUACAGUAUGCCGGAAGGUUUUUUGAUUGUAAUGACACGUCCAUAUCCAUGCGUCGACUUGUUCGAUUUUAUUAAAAGUCAUAAGAAGUUGGAUGAAGAUCUUACGCGAUUUUUGUUCCGACAAAUCGUUCUAACUGUUCGCGACUGUGCCCAGCAGCAAGUAUUGCAUCGUGAUCUUAAGGACGAAAAUAUAGUGAUUGAUUUGGUGAAUGGCGAAACAUCAUUGGUUGAUUUUGGCGCUGCAACUCUGCUCAAGAAGAAUCACUAUACUGAUUUCCAGGGAACUCGUUUGUAUUGUCCACCGGAAUGGUUCAUGCACUCGAUGUAUUUGGGUCGCGAAGCAGCAGUGUGGUCGUUGGGUGUCCUGCUCUACAACAUGCUCAAUGGAAGGUUGCCAUUUCGUGAUGAAAAGGAGAUUUGCACAUCACAUCUACUAAGACCAUUACCAUCUUAUGCACAAGUUAGCAAAAGUGCCAUGGAUUUGAUCAAUCAAUGUCUGCGCUUCGAACCGAAUAAGCGAUGCACCCUAGACACAAUCCUGCAGCAUUCGUGGAUCAGAGCUCCAUGUGCUGACUGGUGUACAUUGAUAGAUCGCACAUAUCAAAACUCAUAUAACGAUCAACAGCACGAUGUCAUAUGCGCAAAUCACAGAUCAAAGAAACAGGCGGAGUCAAGUUACGCCGAAUCGGGUGUCGGUAGUACCUCCAGUUUCAAACCAUCCACCUCAUCUUCAUUUAUGGCUCGUUAUCGUCGAGGUGAACUAGGAGGAGGUGGUAUGAUAUCAGGACUGUUAUCUCGUCUCAGCCAGGGUUGUCAACACUGGGAUAGAAUUCGAGUUUGCCAGUCAAAAACAUCGUUGAUGGGUGAUUCCCCUUCACCAAUGAACAUUCGAGAAUUUGUGAAGAUGAUUCAUCUACAGCAGAACAACAUUUCGUUCGGUCGAAUGAGUAAUGGACAUCCCAUUAACCAUCUGUCCGUUUCCACUCCUCGGUUAACUUUUUCAUACGUCCAAAAUUCGGAAGAUUUCAACUGGACGCGAUCUCCCGCUCUAAGACCUUUAAUCAGGAAGAAACGCUCUACGGAUUCCGGACAGCAAUCAGCAUUUUUCUCACCAGCAGCACUGCUAUCAAAACCAUUCAGCCAUGAGAGCUUUAACGGGAGAACGGGUGGAGUACUGGUAUUUUAAUAUUUUGUUUAAUUUUCAGCUAACUGUAUGUAUAUCUUUGCCCAUGCAGUUCCAUUGUAUGUCC